AUGUCUGGCAACAAAGAGAAACGUCGCAGCCGCAAAUCUCUCCAAGAUUGCAAGGCAGAAUUCAGAGUGAGACGAACAGUUUCCGAACCUGAGCUAGAAAACCAAGACCCCCUCGCUUCCAAAGAGGAGAUCUUCGCCAAGAAAUAUGUUGAGCCAUUUGAAGCUAAAAAGGCCAAAAUAGCGGAAAAAACUGCUCAAUGGACCUCGAUUCAAGCUAUUCCCCAGCUUCAGCUUCCGGAAAUCACCUCAAACGAUUUCAACGGCUGGGACCCGAGUCCCUUUGAAAACUCACUUGCCGCUUCAAAGAUGGCGAUUGAGAAUCAUCUCUUCAAAGAAAGAUCGAAAAUUCUCAUCGAGCAAGAAAACGAAAAUUAUCAGAAGUUCAUCGCCGAGCACGAACUACUAGGGCGCAAACACGCAGCAACAAGUGUUCCAGAAUGA